AGGACGGACACAAUGUUUCGUGUAACUCUCCUGUUUGUGGCUGCUUUUUUGGCUGUAAAAGUGAAGUCGGAAAACUGCCAUUAUCAAUUUACAGUGCCCGAUUCCUCUGGUAUAAAAUGCAAUGGCGAAGACAGCUCCCAGAUGAAGUACUCCAUUGACCACAUCAAUUCCGAGCUGGUCAUCGCUGAACGGAGACAACAGGCAAUGUCCGAGGCCUUGUCAAGGGAAAUGUCAAAACUGGACACAGGAGUUGAAAGCAUAAGGAAUGUCAGCACAAGGUUCCGUAUGGAUCUACAAGAAAUUCAGACUAAAGUUUCUAGCAUGGCAGCACUGUCAGAGGAGGUGAAAGGGCUUCGAGACAUGGUUACAAAUUCUAAGGAGUCCUUGGAACCUAAAUUUUCUGCGUUGCAAGAGCAAAUGAUGGGAAUAGUGGAGAGAAUUCAGAACGAAUCUUCAAAACUUACUGACCACGCUCAGGCGAUGAUUUUAUCCCACACGACCCAACUUAUGCAUCAAGCGCAAAGUAUAAUAUCUUUAAAACGAGAGACGGACGACCUUAAGGUACAAAACGCUGGACAGGCGGAAAUACUUGCCUAUCUAAGUAAGCGGAUACAGGCUGAGGAAUCUGCCACGAACGCAGACCCACCCCUUCCCUCCCAAGUUCACAGCAUUAAAUCGUCCGUGAAUCUUCUGCGCUCGACCUUCACAAUGGGGUAUCGAAACAAUAAAAGGGAAAUUGAGACAUUAAAAAGACAGAUUGCUGCGAUGAGCGCCACUAAGCCGUCUGUUUCAGAGUCGCCACAAGAGGAGCUUGGAUCCCGAUAACAGACAAGAGGGAGUUCUGAUGGUACAUAUACAAAGAAGGAUGAACGGAAAAUCCGCUUUUGCAGAGAUAGAAAAAAAUAAUUGAUUGAUAAAUUUUAACAAUACAACCAAUAAAUACAUCAUAGUCAGAUAAACUUCUCUCUUUAUUUGCAUUGUCAAUAAAAACCAAACCUCUCUUUUCGUGGAAAGUUGACUUUUUGAAAAAAUGCUGGAAAUUUUCCAAAAAUUGUAUUUUCCGAAAUAUCAAUCUCUGGAUCAACGAAACUCUAUAUGAAUUCACAAUAAAGCCUUCUCUCGACAA